CAAGGCACGUACUAUGAAACUUCCCGAUGAUGAUUUGAUCAACAAAGUAAAAAGAAAGGAAAAAAGAGGAAGAAGUAAGAAUGUUGGUAGACAUGGGGAUUCAACUGAAAUUCCGCUGGAUUUAUACAAGUCCAUCAUGGAAGCAAACACAUUCAGGAAAAAAUUAGAGACGAACCCUAAUGACAAGCAUUCUCUGGCGAUGUUGGCUGCGUUUGAAAGCCAGGUUCCGAUUUAUGUCGACUUCUAUAAGGAUUCCAAGUUUCUUCCACGUGGCUGGAAGUAUGACCCAGCCACCGUAGGCUUCCUUGUGCCCAAGAAGUCACUUGUACUAACGGAUAGUGAUAUUAUAAUUUCUGAUUCUCCUAAGAGACAUGGGUUUUCACCACCUCCUUACGAUCCAUCAGAUCCCAACCAGAAGUACCCCGAUACAGAGUUGGUUCUCAUGAAUGACGAGCAGAAGAAAGUUUGGCUGCAGUUUCUGAAAUACACCAAAGAGACGCUAUCGUGGACGUGGGUUCUAUUUCCUUUCAUCUUGGGCUUGUCAUUGCUCAUCACAGGUGACAGCUUAGCUCCAGGACGUAUUGGAUGAUUGUUUGCUUGUUUAUGCUAGAAUUGGACUUGGACUCCUUGGAUCCGUGAUUCAUUAUUCCCGACUAGGGGAUUAUGCUUAUGUGUGAUACCCCAUGAUUCCGCCUUGUUGGGGUGUUACACCUGCACUUAUUUCUAUAUCUCUCGAUCGUUCACGUGUAGAGAAAGAAAAAAAGAUAAUUCCACUCGACAAUCCUGUUGUUCGUCUUAUUGGUUACUUUGUAGUUGAUACCUUCAACAAGGCCUUUAAGAUGAUUAGAUUUCCUUCCAACUGCUUUGAACCUUCUAUUAUUUGUUUUUUAUCGUAUUCGUUAUACUAAGCAAAUUUAUGUUACCAACUUAUUAAGGAGGACGAAGACAACCGCAUUGAUGUUGUUGAAUUUCUUAAGUGCACCUAUAUAAAGAUGACUGGGGUUUAUUAUUUUUACUUGACUAUAAAGGCAUGUGAAGAAGGAAACCUUAGGCAUCUAUGAGACGAAAGUUAAAUGUCAAAGUGAUGACGGUGCCCUAAGUUUGAGCUACUUUUUCCUGACUUAUUCUCCAUCAGAAGGUGUAGAUAGUUCAGAUCGUGAUUGGUCUGAUCCUGAGGACAAUCUAUCUAUUGAGGGGAUGGAGCUUAGGAGGAAGGAUGCCACAUGUAGGGGUUACGACUACCACACCCCACAUGGAUUUGAUGUUCCUUGAUUUUAUGUUGCUGUUGUGCGGGACUAGUUGCGAAUAAGUUGGCUAGCAUUAAAUUAUGAAGUAAUCCUUCAACAUCGUUGAGAAUGAAAAAUAUGGUCUCUUCCACUAUCUGAUGGCGAACUUCUGAAUCUCCAAAGCAAUGUUGCAACAAAGAAGAGUUGAUGUUCAGAUUAUUUGCUUUCAUCACAUAAUAGACUGUCAGCGCUUAAUACUUUGAAAGUCGUCAAGUCAAUACCAAGAUUGACUCGAGCCAAAAGCUGCUAGUUUGCAUUUCGGCACGAUAUAAUAUUUUCUUUUCAGAACCGUUGAAUUCCAUUUCAAACCAUUAUGGAUCCGAACAAAAUAUUUGCAAAAGGUGUAUUAUAUCCGCUUUUGAAGUAAAAAAAUGUCAAGAUGCAUUAACACCAAGACUUGUAGUAGCCCAUUAUCUAUAAAUACUAUAGAUAUGUUGUUAUACUUUUUACUAA